GCCCUUUCACAAAGCAGCGUGUUCUUAAUCAUGGAUUGGACUAUGAAGUUCUUACCAAUAAGCUACAGAGAGACACAGUGCGAUUGGUUUGGCAAAAAAGGAAAGCCCUGGCACAUUACUUUUGCCAUUAGCAAAGCAAACAGCGAGGAAAUUGAGACACGAACCUACAUCCAUAUAUUUGAUGAGUGCACUCAGAACUGGUUUGCGGUGGCGUCUAUAAUCGAACACACGUUGACAACACUAAAGGCUUUUAAGCCAAAUCUCAGCCAAGUGUACUUGAGAUCAGACAACGCCGGUUGUUACCACUGCGGUUAUCUUCUGCUUUCGUUCCUUAGCAUCGGUGACCGCACUGGUGUCAAGAUCACGCGCUACGACUUUAGCGAACCACAAGCAGGCAAAGACAUCUGCAACCGUCGGGUCGCUGGCCUCAAAAGUCACAUGCGCCGCUUUCUAAAUGAAGGUAAUGAUAUCAAAACAGCCAGCGACAUGAAAACCGCCUUCGAAUCGUACGGUGGAGUCAAGGGCUGCUAUGCAGCAGUGUGUCAAGUUCAGCCAUCCGCCCAAACAAUGACCAAACAUACCAUGACAGGCGUACAGGCAUUGAAUAAUUUCUCGUACGAGAAUAGAGGCUUGAGAAUGUGGCGUGCUUAUGGUAUUGGACCUGGAAAGUUCUAUAGUGCAGACCAGCUGGCACGGUUUGGAACACCCCAAGGCCCCAUUAGGCUCGUCACAACGGAAACGUUCAGCAACCCAAACAUAGAAGUAGAUAGUUAUCUACAACGUACGCAGAUGUCUGAUCCUGGGUCAUCGCUACAACUACCCAAUCUGUCACAGACAGAAGAAGAAAGCGAGAAAUUAUCUUGUCAGGAAGAAGGAUGCAUCAAGGUUUUUCAGUCGUUCGCUGCCCUCCAAAAGCACCUUAACAGGGGAGGAAACUG